AUGUCUCGAUACAUGCGCAUCUUGCAAGCCCUAGAGGAUGAUAAGGACCUCACCAAGCUGUGGCUUAAAAUAGGCGGCACGUUCCGCACGAACGCCGCCCCGGAUGGCUUCCUGCAAUCAGUCGCUGUAUCUCCCUACUUUGAGGAGUAUUGCGAGAAAUUCCUAAUGGCCCACCCCGACGCAGACGAGCCGAACUACAACGAGGUGACGCGUUACCAUGCUCAGUUCACGGGAUCUAUGUUCGAGUUUACCAAGAAGAGAACGUAA